UCGACACACAUGAGGAAUACUAGUCGAAGCCUCUGAAAAGCCCCUCCAUUUCUUCUCCCUGCUUGACAUUCGCAGCCUGCUUGCCUUGUAAGUGUGCCAUCUGCAAGUCAACCACUCUAACAUGUCAGUCUAUGGUAUCUUGAUCUCCAAACUUCGUACAGAUGUUCGCAAUCUCUACAACAUCGAAGGAACCCGUGAUCAAGACAAUUUAUAUGGCUGCUGCUAUCCAUAUGACAGCCUCAUUCAGAUCGAACACGAACUCAUCAAUCAUGGACAUCAUCGGAGGCCCAUUUGCUGUGGGUAUAAAUCCCAACCUUCGAUGACCACAUCCGCGAAUACUUCUAGAUCGCACAGCAAGGUCACCACUUGUGAUACAGAACCCGAUGAAAGUCUUUCAUGUAUACCCGAAGGUUCAUCCGAGAGCACGUCACCUUCAUCUGCAAGCAGCCGAAGCAAGCCACGAGAGAGAUCAAUCGCUCAAGAUCCAGUUGCACCCACCGACGCAACACUUGACCACAGCCAUGACCUCUCCAAAGACCCGAAAGGACCAUAUCGAACCAGCGGACCUCACAAGUUGAAAGAUGACACUUCUACUCCUGCGUAUCCUCUUUCAAUUCAUCAACUUCGAACCGAUACAAAGGCACCGGCCAGUCCACCUGCGGUUCAUCGACACGAUUUGUUUCAGGACGCAAGCGAGACGCAUACUACCCAAUCCAAUCACGAUAUUGGAUUCGAUCGAGUUGAAACAUACCGAGCUAGUCCUGGUCAUCAGCUUCUACAAGACGAAAAGACACCAGGAGCGUAUCCUUCAACUCAUCAUUUGGCCCAUGAUGUGGUGACUCGGACCAAACCACCACGGCCACACAAGCUUGAAGGGGAUGAGCAAGUUCCGAGCAGGUCGGCAACUCGUGGGCCACACCAUCUUCAUGAGGACAAGUGAGCGAGGACAAGCGGCGAGGGUCGAGAGUCCAGACGACGACAAUCGGUGGAUAAUAUUAUUAUGAUUCAACCUCAGACACGACAGUAGUAUUAUCACUUCAUAGGAGGCUUUACAAUAGAUAUAUUGCUUCAACUGCAACCUUAGGU